AUGUAUGUAUCGCCGGGCGGAAGUGAAACCUCGAAUUGCACCGAAAAAGCGAAGUGCACACUCGACCGAGCUUUACAACUCGCUUCUGGUCUAAACUCAACGACUAUAUUUGCGAGUGAAGGAAACCACUCGCUUAAAACAAGCCACAAAUUUACCAGGAUCGCUUCGUUUGCUCUCAACGGAAGUCGUUCCCGUGAUGACGUUCAAAUAACUUGCGAACCGAAUGUCAGCCUCUCAUUCUCCCUCAGCGAAAAGAUCACUUUCGAAGGAGUGAAGUUUCGAAAGUGUGCUGGAUGGCAUCGAAGUUCUGUCGGAGCGAAAAAAAACUAUCCAAAUAUGGCAGGCGCAAAAUUCAAGACCGCCUUAGAUUUUCGGUAUUGCAGAAACCUUCGAAUGUACAAUGUUGAAAUUUCGUCCUGUCCAGGGCUUGGCGCUAAUCUGUAUGAUGUUGGGGGCACUGUGAGCUUCACAAAUUGUUCGUUUACAGAUAACUUCAUUUCACAAGAAAGAAGACUCGACGGAUGGGAAGAUGUAAGUGGCGAGAGUGGAAAGUACGUUUACUCAGGUGGGGGUGUUUACGCUGCAUUAAAUCCGUAUGGUUAUGAUAAAGUGAAUGUAACCCCUAGCGAACACGACUCGUAUCAACACAACAAUAGCUAUGAAUUUACAGGCUGCAAUUUUCUCGGAAACAGAGCUCUAUGGUUGAACGCAGACAGAGCGGAUGAAAUCAACACACCAGAACGCCCGUUUAGCCGUGGAGGCGGACUAGCAGUGUAUUUCUUAGGCAAAGCAAGUGGAUGCCUCGUCAAGAUUAAGUCCUGUGUUUUUGCAAGAAACAAGGCAUCUUGGGGAGGUGGUCUUCAGGUUGAAAUGAGUGGGACGACACAGAAUAACACCCUUGAAGUGGAAGCAACAAAUUUUAGCGAAAAUUGCGCUUUAUUGGCCGGUGGAGGUGUCCGAAUAGGAAACUUGCCUAAAAAGGGAGCUCAACUCCGUAUAAACCGAUUCUGGAUGACCAACUGUUCAUUUGUAAAUAACAACGCUAUAUAUGGAGGUGGUGGCUCACUUUAUGGAACAACAAUUCCCCGAAAGUGCGAGAAGCAUACGGAUCCCUUUGUGACUCAGUUUUACUUCCAUGGAUGCAACUGGCAGGAGAACGAGGGAAGUGUGGGAGCUGCUCUUGCUGCGUACCUUUACAAUAACAACGAAGAUCUUAUUGGACCGGAAGUCCCUUACCACGUAUGCUUUCAAAAUGACACCUUGUUUCGUUUCAAUAGAGUUAACCAGCUUCACCUUAAUCUGACGAUUGGACAAGGAACUCUUUACAGCUUGCAAGUGCCUCUGAUAUUCCAAGGCAAUACGUACUUUGUAAACAAUUCUCAUUCUGCGUUACUCCUGGAUGGGUCAUCAGCUAAAGUUAAUGACAGAUUGGAUUUCAUUGGCAACACCGGUGUAAGGGGAGGGGCGAUAGCAAUGUAUGGGCGAUCGAGAAUUAUUUUGCAAGAAAAUACCUCUACAUUAACAUUCGAAGCGAACAAAUGCAGUGACAAAGGUGGAGCACUGUACAUUCAAGCUCCAGGAGCCCCUCUGGUAAGCUAUAAUUCAACUGGUGCAGACAUGCAAGCUUGUUUCUUUGGCUAUUCUGAUUCGUCAAAGGAUUUUGACCAUUGGAAUACAACUGUUGUCUUCAGAGAUAACAACGCAUCUUUAGGACACGCAGUCUACGCCACAACACUCAAAAACUGUCGACGAGCGGGGGAAAGUCGCCAACAUAACAGCGUAUUGAAAUGGAAGUUUGUCACGUUUGCAAACAGGCCUUCAAAUUCAACCUCCCUUCAGGAUAUAGUUGCCACGGAUCCAGUGGACAUAGUACAUCAUGAGAGUGAUUGGAAGGUAUCGCCAGGUGAGGUCUUUGAUGCUACUGUUCAAUUGUUUGACGAAGUUGGGAAUUCCAUUCCAGGAAUUGUUAAUGUCACUGUUGAAAACUCUUCUGUUAAGCUCGCAAACCCUUCAACGCUCUUUCUCACCACUGGGGGCAAAAUAACAAACAUCUCGUUGCUCGGAGAUGAAGGAAGCAGCUUUACCGUGAAAUUAGGUUAUGCGGGUGGAGGUCAAGCUUUAGAAGAAAUGGUUGAGAACGGUGUACUAAAGAAAUGUCAUGCUGGAUUUGAAAUUGACAAGAAAACUUUAAAAUGUGUAUGCAUGAAGGCUCAAGGAGUACUGAAUUGUGACUCUGAUGGAAAGACAGUUUACAUAAAAGAAGGGUAUUGGGCUGGACAUGUCGAUGGAGAGUUUGCCACCUAUUUCUGUCCAACGGGAUAUUGUAACCCUUCCACCUUCAACGACUAUCGUUAUAAAUAUAAUAAGGGCUCUGUGUGCAGCAAUACCAGAAACCAGAGUAGUGUUCUUUGCGGGAAGUGUAAGAACGAUUCGUUCACAGUUACCUUUGGAAGUGAACGCUGCGUCCAAGACUGUCGGAAUUGGUACGUGAUAUUCGCGUUACUUGUUUGCAUAUUAUUCCUUGUGGUCGUCGUUGUGGUGAUGCUGAUCGACCUCGAUAUAGCUACAGGUUAUCUGAACGCUUGGUUGUAUUCAUACCAAAUCAUGAAGUUGCUCACACCUGAUGGUUUUGAAUUUGAUCCGGUGAUCGAAUUUGUCAUAGCUUUUACCAAUGUGCACGUAGACAUUAGCGACCACAGCUUCUGCCUGCUCAAAGGUUUAAACGACGCCGAUAAACUUUUCACUCUGUCUCUUAUUCCCCUCUUUGUAUUAGUGGCUGUCAGUGUCUUGAAGUGUUUAGUGGAUCGUUUUCCAGACUGGUGUUUCAGCAGAAAGGUCCUAAGAACGACGCCCAAUGCCCCAUACCGCGCUGUUUGCACUAUUUUCGUGUUGUGCUAUACAGAUAUCACGAGAAUAUCUCUCACAAUCCUGCGUCCCGCCAAGAUUGGAUCAAAAACGUUUCUUUAUGAUUACGGUGGAUACGAAUAUUUUCAAGGAAGGCAUCUCGUGUAUUUUAUCAUUUCCAUACUUUACAUUGUUGUGAUUGUCCUUCCAUUUCCUGUUCUUCUCUUGUUUCGUCCGUCCCUGACCAAUUUCUUUCGUCCAGUGUUCGAUCUAAACAGAUGGAAUCUUUACCUAGAUGCAUUUCAAGGCUGUUUCAAGGAUCAAUAUCGGUGGUUUGCAGCUUUCUAUUUUAUCUGCCGGCUGGCGAUCUUGCUACUUAACCUUUACCUGCCAGCUGGUCCUGUGAAAAGGGUUGUGUUGGAGGGCGCCUGCAUUUUAAUCCUCUUUAUCUUUGCGUUGUUGAGGCCUUACAAGGGUCCACGUGACAUUACACAAGGCGAGCAAGACAGAGUGGAACGCAGAGAAGUCAGACAAGUUAACCCGGCCAUGAUAAGGAUUCACGGAGGGGCAAGAAGGAGAGGGAACAGAGAGGAGCGAGGGGGAACCAACCAGGCUGGCCCAGAGAGAGAAGAAACCAGUUACGAGUGGAUCAAUAGGUUAGACAUACUUCUUUUGACAAACCUUUCUCUUAUCACAGUGAUCAGUUCACCACUUGCCACUGAUAACGACAACAAGGCCUUAACAACAGCUGUGAAAGUUUUGGCGUGGGUUCCUUUAGCAGUCUUGUUCGUUCUAGGCUGUCGAAUAUUAAUAAAUUACUGUAACGCAAACUGCGUCCCCGAAGAGGAUCAACAAAGACCCAUCUUGUCUACAUCUUCUGUUACUCCACAUGGAAGUCUAGCCGGAACUCCUGAAGGAACUCUUGUGCGUCCAAGUUCAAGGGCAAGCAAUUCUAAUAUUAUAUAA